GGCAGUGUCAGUGACUUCAUGUCUACGUGCUCUACAGCGAUGACGCAACUGCUGCUGUGUUUGGCGGCUGUUUGUGUCGUAGUCAACGCAAAUGUUCGACUCCCGCAGUAUACCAAAUAUGGCAAGAGUCUUGUUCUUGGAGGGGGAGUUUUGAUGGACGACAAUGCGCACGUCUGGUCAAGGAUAGUUGACAUGGCGGGAGGCAAAGCAAAGGCGCGCAUUGGAGUAAUUUCAGCAGCAUCAGACACCCCGGCUACCUCGGCCAAAUACUACGUGGACCUCUUGGUCAACAACUACACCGCCUUGGAAGCCACCUUCAUUCCUGUCACUGUUGACGAUGUCGCCAAAAAUAGUGAUCCGAAUGUCGUCAAACUCAUCAAACAGCAGACUGGAUUCUUCAUUUCCGGCGGGGACCAGAUGCGUCUUGUGCAGGCGUACAUGUUGGCGGGCAACCUUCCGUCCCCGGCUCUCCAGGCCAUUAAGGAUCAAUACAACGGUGGUGCUGUCAUAUCCGGUUCCAGUGCUGGCACUGCAAUUCUCACCGCUGGUCCCAUGGUAACGGGCGGAAGCAGUUGGGACGCCCUCCGUUACGGAGCUCAGGAGUCGUUGACUCACUCACACGACCUCACCUACAGGAAGGCAGGGGGCUUCGGAAUCUACCCCGAGUAUCUUCUCGACACCCACUUCAGUAAUCGAGGCCGGGAGGGACGCAUGAUUCGCCUGCUGUCGGACACACGGCACAUGUCCAACGGCGUCAACUACGGCCUCGGCGUCAGCGAGAACACGGCGCUUGUCGUCACUCACGUCGGCACUAACAACGAACUAGGGGAGGUAUUUGGUGAGCUUGGCGUUACUUUCUUCGACGUCUCCAAAUCCUACACCGAUCCGGCAGAGCGCUACUACAGCUUGCGCAACGUGUUUGUAUCCUACCUGACAGAGGGCGACAGCAUCAACAUGAAAACUCGCAGUGUCACCUUCUCCCCCAACAAGACACCACUUCUUGGAAACGAAGGCUAUGACCACGCCCUUACAUCUAACGACAUCUUCUUCGGGGAGGGGAGCCAUCACCGAAAAACCGAGUUUCUACGUGUGGCAGCUAGCCUGUUCGAUGCGCGGAAAGAUACAAUGACACACGGAGAUACACAUCUCACGCACCCACAAUUCCGUGUAACUAUGUCAAAAACCGGAACUGACACGGCAGGUUAUGUUGAGCGACAUGGGGACUUCCAUUCCGAUACGCAUUCUUAUAAGAAUAUGUACGUAGAAAUUGGCGAAAUAUGAUUAAAUAUUUUUU